AACAAUAGUUUCGUGAAAAUCACGAUCGCGUCGUUGUUAAUUUAGUGUCCGACCUGGAAAUGUAAAGAAUAUGAUCUCGAGAAGAAUUAUUUUAGUUGUACAUAAAUCCUAACGCAAUUUCAUCAGAAGAUCGUUUUUUCACUCUCGCUGAUGAUAAAAUUACGACGGCACGGUGAUGGCACGGUCUUUCUACAACGUGGCUAGGUAAGGGGGCACAAUACCUAUAUAAAGCUUGAAUGAAGAUGCUCCCAGGUAUUCGCUCUCACCUUUCUCAUAAGCUAGCGCGCGGUGGAACGCGAAUCUUUCGCCGGAGGAAUCGCGAGGGAAGAUCAACGCUAUUUAUCCACUGGACACGAACUCUUUCUCUCUGCUCAAAGGAUUUCACUGCCAGAUAAGGGACGAUGUGGCGCAGUACGACGUUACUCGUCGUAGCUGUUCUCGGAGCGACGAUGGGUCAAGAAUACAUAGGACAUGCCCUGUUCGUGAGAACGUCGGACGACGUCGUCGAAGCUGCACGCUCGAGAGUCCAGCGAGCCGCUCCAGCGUCGGCUGCAGACGUGAUGGCACAAAAUAUCCUAGAGUGGAUUCAAGGGAUCUACCGACAGGGCGCACGUAAAAUUCGCCAACAAUCGGACAACGCCUAUCUGCCGCCAUACAGUACCCAGAGACCUCCGGAAAAGCCUCGACCCUUCCAGCCGGCAGGAAUCAACCAACAGGAAUCGGCUUAUUCUCCGAGUCAGAACGAAGUGACCAAUUAUCCUUAUCAGAGACCGUCCUCCUUGUACACGCCGUCCAACGUACCCUACUCGUUAUCUCCCAACGUUGAUACUUCUCACGGUUUAUCGACGCCCAGCACUCUCUACGGUUCACCCACCAGUUUACGUCCGUCCUCUACUUACAUCCCUCAAGAUAAUUAUGGCAGUUCUCCGACGUUUGGUUCACGGCCGCAAUCUUCCACCUUCCCUCCCUUCGGAGGUACGACCGGCCCUUCCAAUUAUCCAUCCGCCGGAACGAGACCUGGGACUUUCCCUUCUUCGACACCCUCGACGUCCCAAUCGUCCACCUAUUUGCCGCCGCAAUACAGUGGCUUCCCGUCGAGCGGUCCAAGCACUCCAAGGCCACCGUCGACGGCGUUACCGCCAAAAGUCUCGCAACCCGUCGGUGGUUAUCCCUCUCAACCAGGUGGUUUCUCGACGACUUAUUUACCACCAAAAACCACUGGCUUCCCUUCCAGUACUCCGUCCUCCAGACCCUUCAGCUCCGUAUCUCCAUCGGCCGGUUAUCCCUCUCCCGCCGGUUUCACCACCUCCUACGGAUAUACCUCUCAAAGACCAGGAUUCUCGUCCACCGGUACCGUAUCCGGUAGUACGUACGACUCGCAAGGUGGUUACGUUUCGCAGCCAUCUCCCAGCCCGGGAUUCCCUACGCCUGUCCCAACGGGCACCGUAGACGGUUCCGCCGGUUACACUUACUCGACUCCCGGCGCUACGCCUUCCCCGCCUUUCCCUACGCCCAUUGGAACGCCUGGCAUCGUUCCCGGUGGAGGAACGACGGGUCCUGGUACGACCGGUACGACUGGAGCUGGUAAGAUCCUAUUGCUUUUCUUUUUUUUUUCGCUACCUUGCACCUUGUCCUUCAUAAUUUCGUUUAUCUUUCCCAACUACGCAGGCGUAACGCAGAACGACGAGGCCGACGACGAUCUCAAACAUCCACCCCAUAUUCAUAAUAUCUCGGUCGAAUGUGGCAAGACGAUGAUGACGAUCAACAUCGAAUUCAAUCGUGCCUUCGACGGUGUCAUUUACUCGAAGGGCUUCUUCAUGAAUCCUGAUUGUCGAUACGUCGAACAAAAUUCUGGAAAAACCGAGUACUCCUUCACCGUCAGCUUGGACUCUUGUGGAACGCAAUUCAUCAAUGACUUCGAGGGCGAGGCCGGCCAAGCCUAUCUCGAAAAUGUCUUGGUCUUGCAGAACGAGCCAGGGAUACAAGAGGUCUGGGAUACCGUGCGAAGAGUACGUUGUCUUUGGGAGGGUAACAUCAAUAAGGCGCUUUCGGUAAAUUUAUCCGUGGAUAUGCUCAAUCAGGAGAUCGUGACGUUCAGCGGUGACACGGCGGUAGCUAAAUUAGACAUACAAAUCGGGAAAGGUCCGUUCGCUCCGACGGCCGAUGGUUUGGUUAAAAUCGGAGAAACCAUGACGCUGGUCGUAACCGUGGAAGGAGAUCCUGCUUUCGAUCUUCAGGUACGCGAUUGCGUUGCACGAGACGAGAGCUCUACUAACACCCUGCAGCUUACAGACGAACGUGGUUGCAUACUUAAACCAAAAUUGUUUGGAGCGUUUCAAAAAACGAACGACACGGGGAAUACAGGUGCCUCGAUUAUAGCCUAUGCAUUUUUCCAAGCUUUUAAAUUCCCCGAUGUGAUGGAUUUAUUCAUCGAAUGUAACGUGGAACUUUGUAAAACGGAUUGCCAAGCUUGUCCGGAAUCGAAUCAACAAAUCGAACCGGGUAGAAGACGUCGCUCGGUAUCUUACGCACCUUCGAACGCGUCGAUGGUACCGCUAUUAACAGAUCCAGUUAGAGUCGGACGUGGUUUCAAAGUGAUCAUGCUCGACGAUUUGAGUGCAGUCAGUAAUCAAGUGUUGGAGAACAUCGAAGAGUCGUCCUUUGUAAACGAAGUUUCGAAAGAGGAGAACAUUUGCAUGAGUAAUAAUGGUUUUUACGCUGCGUUCUCACUCAUGUUAGGUACGCUUAUUUUAAUGACCGUUAGCGCAGCAGCGUUGCAUAUAAAAUUGCAAAGAAUUUAUAGGUCGAAAUCCAUCGAUACGUAGUAAGCUAUUUAAUUUUUUGUCCUCCUGUAAGACGAAUCACGUGGUUCAAAAACGAAGUGAAUUAAUUAAUCGACAGUGAUUGAAAGGCUAUCACUUGAACCAAGAUUAAUUUUCUCACAUGCUAUUAAUUUAUAAUCCAAAGUAUUAGGAAUGCAAAGAAUUUCAUAGAAUAUAAUGUUCAAAGUGCUCCGCGUCCGUAAAUCUCUUAUUCGCGACGUAAGCGCAUUAGAACAGCCAUACGUUACAUAUCGCUACGACUCUACGGUGUUUAUAUAUAUAUAUACACACACACUCACAUAUGACACGAUACAAUAAAUUAUGCUACCUUUAAGUACACGUCAGUUUUGUCAUUCCUUUACGAUAGUAAAAAUGGGUAAACGAUAAAGACAGUUUAGAUCGUAGUGUGUGUAGCACAAAUUAUACAGAAGUAUUUACAACGUUUAUUAUAUGUAAUAUACAACAUUAAAAAAAAAAAAAAAAAAAAAAA